AUGGCUUCAAGAUUCGGCGCCUCCUCGCUGCACCAGCGCGACUCCCGCAGCGCCCUCUUCGAAGGCUACACUGGCGGUGGUAGCAGCGACAACGGCCGGCGACCCGUCAGCGCCUCGCCAUCCAGACUGGGUGGCGGUUACGGAUAUGGGUACGCGGGCAGCAGCGCAUCACCUGCGCCGCCCAUGGGUGGUACCCACCUCGGUGUCGACGCGAACCGGGGGUUCCGGCCUGCGACGCCGAAUAAACGGGGCCAGUACAGCGACGCCGUGCUCAACGAGCUCGAGAGCCAGAAUGACGAGCAGGUCGCGGGCAUCAUGGGCAAAGUCAAGAUCUUGAAGAGCAUGACGGUAGCGAUUGGCGACGAGAUCCGCGACUCCUCGGCCCUCGCGGAGAAGAUGAACGACAGCUUCGACUCGACGCGCCUGCGCAUCCGCGGGACCAUGAACCGUAUGCUCGUCAUGGCGGAGAAGACGGGCGUCGGCUGGAAGGUCUGGCUCGGCUUCUUCGCGGCCGUGUGUUUCUUGUUCAUGUACGUCUGGCUAUUCUAA